GGGAAAAGGGCCGCAUUAGACACACGUAACGGGUGCGCGGUAUAUCGCGAUUGGGUUCUGCAACGAGCCCUUUGAGCUUUUUUUCGAUGGGGCUCGCAUUGUAAAGUUGAAAGACGUAGUUGGCUUUGCUUCAGAGUAAAAGGGCCGUCAAAGCUAAACACCAGAUUGCCAAGCUUCUUCUUUGCCUUUUUUUAUAUGCCCUUCAGCACAACAGUAAAAAAGCUUAUUCAAAAUUUGCAUAAAUUGGUGAAAACACUCCUACCGCUGUCCAUCCCCAUUCAACUGCAUAUAUCCUUCAGCAUGUCGACAAAGACGACGCUCUUGGUAGCUCUGUUAUUCAGUAGCCUGAGCUAUGCCGUGCAGGCAUUGAGCGUACCACACAAUCAGACUUCAUUGUCAAACUCCACAGGUAUUGAGAAGCUCAAUAGGAGGAACAGAUGUACAGAUCUGUGGGACUUCCCUAUAGAUUGGCCCAUUGGCUAUGGUGCGACCUUUUUCCCAAAUGACAACUGCCAAGGCGACCCUGUCGAUGUUUCUUUUGGGCCCUAUGUGAAUUUCGGCUGUUCUAAAACAUGUCAUUCUAUAGGAGCCGCGCGCAGUGUCUAUAUCGAAGCGGACAGGUACUCUCAAAAGCCAGUUCUCGAAGACGCCUACACAAUAAGAUUUGACAGGACUGAUCGCAAGUACGAAAACGUUCAUACGGACGGCCCUGUUGUACUAGGAUAUUCUUCGUCCAAUUGUCAGGCGGCGUACCUUGUCAGCGUCGGAAAGGUUUUGAAGGGCCUACAGCGAGCAUGCCACGUCUUCAAGAAACAUGUCUACAGCGUGCACCUCAAACUUCUCAAGGACUGCGAAUGUGAAGAAUCCCGGGCUUCUGCGGAUCGUUUGCAAUUGCAUGACCUAGACGUGGACACAUUAAAAGAUCUUAAAGAGACUCCGGUCCCAGAAAACCCAGACAUCGAAGAGUAUCAAAGCAUGUUCCACCCAGACGGGCCAAAAAUGCCUGUCAAACGUCCGGGUAUCAUCUUUCCCCCGGAGCCAAACGGCUGGCAAACGAACAAAAAAGACAAAUAUCGCUUUGAGGUUCCGUCGUACUGGGACAAGUGCCACUGGACGAAGGGACACGACUGUGACUACGCGGAAUAGCCUGACCCGACCGUUCGGGGACGACUGCCGCUAGACGGAUAGCCGUAGUUAUUAGUAUUAAUUGUAUACAAUGCUGCAAAUACAUCACUAGCGUUCGUCACUCGGAGAAACAAGAGUAAGAAGAAUAGGAUGUAGCCACGAAAACCAUGGGAGGAAGUCACGGAAGAAUAAUCGUACAACGACCCUCAAACGAGUGGCAUUUUAAAGUUCUUCUAGCAACUGUGAGCUCUCGGCAUAGAUGACCAGCUUUAUCGAGGCAGAAAAGAGACAGGUCGGGCGUUGAGAGCUCGUCGUCGCGUGUAGAGAAGAAGAAGAAGAAAGAAUCGAACAAAAAUUUCCCGC